ACCCCAUCCACCAAAGCAAGGAGAGAGAGGGAGGAUAAACAGAUAGAUAUCUGAACCCCUUCUUUACCCCGUCCCUCUUGAAGCCAGGAAGAAGAAAGCCAAAAAAGCCAUGGAACACCUCAGGAUCUAUCCCAUCGCCCUGCUUGUUCUCCUCCACUUCAACGCUCAAACUUCAGCUCAGCCUGCAGCAGCUCCAGCUCCAGCUCCACCAGGCCCAACGAACAUCACGAAAAUACUUGAGAAGGCAGGGCAGUUCACCACAUUCAUCCGGCUAAUAAAGAGCACCAAAGUUAGCGACCAGAUCAACAACCAGCUCAACAACUCCGACUCCGGUCUCACUGUCUUUGCUCCCCCGGACAAUGCCUUCUCCAGCCUUUCCGCAGGCACUCUCAACUCCCUCACCGACCAGCAGAAGGUUGAACUGCUUCAGUUCCAUGUGCUUCCUUCCUUCAUCUCCAUGACUGAAUUCCAAACAGUAAGCAACCCACUCCGAACACAGGCAGGUGAUGCAAACAAUGGGCGGUUCGCACUCAAUGUAACAACCGUGGGGAACGGCGUCAACAUAACAACGGGGAUUGUCAACACCACGGUAUCCAACACCAUCUACUCAGACAACCAGCUAGCUGUGUACCAAGUUGAGAAGGUGCUCCUCCCAUUGGAUAUCUUCGGACCCCCUGCCCCUGCUCCUGCACCUUCCAAAGCUAAGAAGGGUGUUCCUGUCGCUGAUGGGCCUUCGAGCACUUCGUCGGACUCUACGGGGGCCUCUGCUGCUGUUAGCUUGAAUUGGAGUGCAUCUGCGGGUGCCGCUGCUUUUGCAGUCGCUCUCAUGUCUCUCUGGUGGGGUCUCUGAGUGCUGUCGCUCUUCUUUUCUAUCUUUUUCUAAGUGGUGGUCACUGGUCUGUGUCGGGUAUGGAGGCUUGCAUUUUUCAGGUGUCAUUUAAUUUUGCAUUGUUUUAUCACUGCAACAGAUUUUGUAUUGUUAUUCCAUUUGUGUAUGUGCUAAGAUAAAGAGAGAGUGAUAACAUAAACCUCAAUGUGUUCAUAUAGUCUCUGAAUUUAAGAAUUAGUUUGUGUCA